AUGUCAGUACCAAAAGCGGUAACCCCGAGCUACACUCGGGCUUACCAUGCGGCGCUGCAUAGGGAGUCCCUGCAGAGCUUACCUUGUCCUUCGCUCCGCGAUGUGUCCUCUGCAGUGUCCCUGGCCAUCUCCUCCGGCACAUGCCGGCAUCUGGCUUCUGUGUUCCGGUCCCUGGGAUGUACGGGCGCUGCCGGCGGUGGGAAAUUUGAAAAACUGUCAUUUUUUUUCAAAACAAGUUUUACAUAUGCUUUGUCCUGUGCCCUGCCUGCAUUUUGUCUGUUCUUUCUG